GUAAUACUUCAAUUCAUGCCAACCGUGAUAAACCCUUGCUCUCUAUCAGGCCAGAGGAGAACAACUACAAAAGGCUAGUCUGUCUCGGAAAGGAAACGGCCUCAAGUCCAUUUCCGCGGGGUUGUCACUGCCCGUAUAACUUCCUUGACCUUUUACCCCCCUCCCGGCUCCUUGCCAUACGCUUCCUACACUGUCUUGCUCCUUGCCAUACGCUUCCUACACCGUCUCUGACCUCAUCCAACGUAUCCAUAAUGCUCUCCAAAGCUUCUUAUACCUUGCUGGCCCUGCUGGCCCUGCUGGCCCUCCCUGUCGUCUCGGCGGAAAGGGUCUUGGGAGCGUAUAUCUUCGCACGACACGGCGACCGGACCGCUAAAGUGCUGGGAAAGACCCGGCUUACCGACCUGGGAUACCGCGAGGUGUAUUUGACCGGCUCCUCGUACCACGGCAUGUACAUUACCAACAGCUCCGCAUCCCAUAUUCAGGGGAUCAAUGCGGAGAUCGUGUCGCAGUCUCAGAUCAGUGCCUCUGCCCCCGUCGAUACCGUGCUGCAGAACUCGGCAGUGGGAUUCUUGCAGGGUUUAUACCCCCCCGCGGGCUCCUCGGCGACCCAGACGCUGCGCAACGGGUCUACAGUCGAAGCGCCUCUCGAUGGGUAUCAGCUAAUCCCUGUGUCCGUUGUCUCGACCGGGACCGGCAGUGAGGACAAUAGCUGGCUGCAGGACACCAGCAACUGCCAAAAGGCCAUAGUGAGCAGCAACGACUACUUCGCUUCGGCACUGUACGACUCCAUGCUCAACUCGACGGCAGCAUUCUACCAGUCGCUUGCUCCUUUGCUCAACCGGACCUUCACCGCAUCCCAGAUGUCCUUCAAGAAUGCGUACACCAUCUUCGACUACCUGAAUGUCGCCUCCAUCCACAACGCUAGCAGCAGCAGCUUCCCGUCCUCUGACCUACUGACAUCCGAAGUCUACUACCAGCUGCUAGCCCUGGCCAACAGCCACGAGUACAACCUCGCAUACAAUACCUCGGAGCCCGUUCGGGCCAUUGCAGGCUCUCUACUGGCCGGAGAAGUCCUGACGGCCCUCAACAACACCAUCGCAACCAACGGCAAGUCCAAGCUGACCGUCCAGUUCGGGGCCUACGCGACCUUCCUCUCGUACUUUGGGCUCGCACAGCUCCCUGCCGUGAGCGUCAACUUCACAGGGAUACCCGACUACGCCUCCUCCAUGGCCUGGGAACUGGUGACCAACUCCACCGACAGCUUUCCCGCCAGCUCGGACAUCAGCGUACGGUUCCUCUUCCACAACGGCACCCUGACGGGGUCUGCCCAGCCGACUGUCUACCCGCUGUACGGACAGCCGACUCUUGUUCUCCCCUGGUCAGACUUUGUCACUUACACGGCUAAGAUUGCCGUCACUUCGCAGGCUCAGUGGUGUAAUGUCUGCGGCAACACGGGUGGUGUUUGCAUUAACUCUUCUUCUUCAACAGCAUCAACUUCUACUUCUUUUUCUGCUUCAGCUGGAUCCUCCAAGAGCGGCAUUUCCCGUGCCGUUGCCGGCGUCAUCGGCGCAAUGGUCACGCUGGCCGUGAUCCUAGGCCUAGAGACGCUGUUCUUACUUGUGGGCGGAUUCCGGAUCUCCAAGCGUGCUGUACUUAGUAGCCAGACUAGAGAUUCCAAGGAUGAAUCCAAGGAUGAAUCCAAGGAUGAAUCCAAGUGAUUAAAAGUGACCUGCGGGGAGGAGAAGGGACGAGAAACGAGAUGAUAGUUUACAAAUGAUAUGAACUUCAGACGUAUUACUCCCCGUCUACUCCUAAGAAAAUCUACAUUGAAAGCCCGC